AUGAAGCCCCGCGUGCUGCUCGGGCAGUCCCCGCGAGGCGGGAGCGGCUCCUCGGACUCCGACUCGGACGACAGCUUGGGGAGAUUCGCCCCUUCGCCCCUCCCGGGUGGUUACGCGCCGAUCUCGACCCCCCCGAGCGCCGCAACGACGCAGUCGAGGCCCACACCGCAGGCUCGAGUUCCCACGGUCCCGUACCGCGUGCGCGCGAGCCCUGCGGCGCCCUCGCGCACGCCCGGGCAACAGAACCGCAGCGCGGACUCGAGCGGCUACGUUUCCAUCUCGUGGGAUCAGAAUGCGUCGCGCAGGGAGCCUCAUUUGCUCCAGGUGCUGCCCGUUCCCAUCGUCGCUGCGGUCGAAGAGUUCCUCAAGAUCGAGCGCGAACGCACUCUCGACCUCCACGCGCGUCUCGACGCCGCACGCAAGUCCGCAAAGGACCUUCGGUCGCGCGUUUCGCGCAAGAUAGACCGCGCGCGGAGGGAGGUCCAGGACUCGGUUACGGCGGACAUCGACGGGUUCAAAAGCGGCGUCCUGCGGCUCGCGUCCAACCGCGAACGCGAUCUGCACGAGCAGCUCGCGGGUCUGGCGGCCGAGCGCGACGACCUGCGGCGCGAGUGCGAGCGCACAGCGGCGGACUUCGAUGCCGUCGUUGCGGACCAGCGCAGCACGACGGGGGAGUGCGUGGCGGCGACGCAGCAGCGCGAUGAGGCCCUGCGGCGGCUCGGCGACGCCGAAGCGGCCCUGCGCGCGGCGCGGACGGACGCGAGCGCGGCGCGGGGCGACGCGGAGCGCUGCGUGAGGGCGCAGCGGGCUGCCGAGGCGGAGCUGGCCGCGCGAACGACGGAGCUCGAAGCCAAGGUCGCGCAGGCGGCGGCUGUAGAGGACAGAGCGCGUCGGCUCGAGGGGGAGCUGGCGGCGGCGCGGAGAGACGCGGAGGCAGCGUCGCGGCAGGGGGCGGAGGCAACGGAGGCGCUGCGGGCGGCGCGGAGCGACGCGGAGGCGCUGCAGGCGCGGGAGGUGUCGGCGCUGCGCGCCGCGGAGGCUGCGCGGGCCGACCUGGCCGAGGUGCGCGGCCGGAGCGACGAGGCGCACACCGCGCUGGAGGCGGCGCGCUCCGCACUGGACGCGGAGCGCGGGAAGGGCGCGGGGCUGGCGGAGGCGCUCGGUGCCGCGCGGUCCGAGCUCGCGUCCGAGCAGGGGCGCUGCGCGGAGCUCGCGGCGGCGCUGGACGGCGCCCGUGCGGAGGCGGCGACGCUCUCGGGGACCACCCAGGCCCUCGAGAGCGCGCUCGUCGCGGCGCGCUCGGAGGUAGCAGCGGCGGAGGAGCGCAGCGCAGAGCAGAGUGCGGCGCUCGAGGCCUUGCGGCGCGAGCUGGCGGGGGAGCGCGACGGACGUGUGCGGCUGGAGGAGGAGCAUGGCGCGGCGUCUGGGGAGCUGGUGCGGGUGCGUGGGGAGCUGGCGGCGGAGCGAGAGCGCGCGGCGGCGCUGCAGGAGUCGCUGGGGGGCGUCACGGGGGACCUGGAGAGGACCCUGGGGGAGUUGGGGGACCGGAAUGCGAAAGUGGGGGAGUUGGAAGGCAAGGUGGGGGAACUGUCGGAGGAGGUGCGGGGCGCGUCCGCACGCGGCACAGAGCUCGAAGCGGCGCUGGCGGAGGCGCGUGCGGAGACCGAGAGGGUCCGGGGGAGUUUCGCAACAGCCCGGGGGGAGUACGAACGCGAGCGUGCGCGGCUGGCCGCGGAGGCGUCCGACGCGCUGGGGGUCGCGGAGGCUGCGGUGCGCGCGCGCGAGGAGGCCGAGGCGAGGGCGGGCGAUGCGGAGAGCGCGGGUGCAGCGGCAGCGGCGCGUGCCCGAGAGGCGGAGGCGGCGCGCGCGGCAGCGGCUGACGCGGCGCAGCGGGCCGAGAAGGCGGCGGCGGACGCAGCCAGGCGGGCGGGCGACGCGGACCAGCGCGCGCGCGUGGCGGAGGCGGCUGCGACGGAGCUGCGCGCGGAGGCGAUCAGUCUGACGGGGGACGUGCGCGCGAAGGACGACGCGCGGCAGCGCGCCGAGGAGAAGGCGUCCGCGACGGAGGCGAUGCUUCGGGCCGCGGAGGCCCGGGCGGAGACCGCGGAGGCGCGGGCGGCGGGGCUCGUGCGCCGCAACGCCUCGCUCGAGUCGGAGGCGCUGCGGGCGCGACAGGCGGCGGACGACGCGCGGCGGGAGCGCGACGACGUGGCAGUGGAGCGUGCGGCGCUGGAGACGAGCGCGCGGGAGCUCCGGGCGCAGGUCGAGGCCAGCACGGCGCGGGAGGCGGACCUGACGCGCGAGGUGCGGUCGGCGGCGCAGCGGGCGGCGGCGCUGGACGCGACGCUCGCGGAGGUGCGCGCGGAGCUCGCGCAGGUGCGGUCGGAGGCUGUCCGCGUGCCGGACCUGCUGUCCGAGGUCGCGCACACGCGCAGGGCGCUCGCGGGAUCGGAGGCGGAGCGCACAGCUCUGGGGUCGCGGCUCGCGGAGAUAGACGGGGCAGCGCGGACGGCGCGUGCGGCGGCGGAGGAGGCGCGCGGGGAGCUGGAGGCGCGGCUGGAGGCGGCGGUCGCGGGGGAGGUGCGGGCGCGGCGGGCGUGUGGGGCGCUAGGGGCGGCGCUGGGGGCGCGGAGGGGACGAGAGGCGCUGGCGCGGGCGUGGCGGACGUGGCGGGAUGCGGCGGGGCAGCGGAUGCAUACCGGGGACCUGCUGGCGGUUUUGGUGGAGCGGAACGCGCUGCGUCGGUCCGCGGCGGCGCUCAGGGCGUGGCGCGAGGCGGCCAUCAAGGCAGCGGCAGGGCGGAGGGCGCUGGCCGGCGCGUUUCGGCGCGUGGCGAAGCAGAGCGACCGCGCGCUGCUUGCGGACGCGUUCGGCGCGUGGGCGCAGCGCGCGGCGGAGCGGGCCGAUGCGCAGCGGCGGUGCGCGCACGUGCGCCACAUGCUGGAGCAGUCUCUGCUGCGGCGCACGCUCGCGGCCUGGCGGAGCGACGCGCGCGCCGCCGCGACGCAGCGCGCGGCGAUCGAGCGCCGCGUCACGGCGUGGGUCCACCGGCGUGCGCACCAGCGCGCCGCGGCGACGUUCGCGGCGUGGCGGCAGCACGCAACGCAGCGCGCGCGUCUGGCGGCGGUCCUGGCGACCUCCGCGCGGCAGGCGACGGCCGCGCGCGACGCACAGAUCGCGUCGAGCGCGCUGCAGGCGUGGCGCGCGGCCGCGGAGCACCACGCGAUGCAGCGACACCUCAUUGCACGGUGGCGUGAGCGCCGCACUGCCGUCGCGUUCGUGUCCGUGUUCAACCGCUGGCGGGCGGCGGCGAAGGCGGGCACGCAGCGCCGGGCCGCGGCGGACGCGAUGCGCCGCGAACGCGCGGCGCGGGUGCUUCGGGGCGCGUUCGCGGACUGGGCCCAGCUGGCGCGGCGCGCGGUGGUGGUGCGGACGGCUCUGGCGGGGUGGGUGCAUCGCCGGGCGGGGCUGACGCAGGCGCGGGCGCUGGCGGCGUGGCGCGUGCACGUUGCGGAGCGCCGCGCGGGGCGCGCCGCGAUGCAGGCGGCGCUGCGCAGGGCGGCGGCGCAACAGGCCGCGUCAGCAAUCGAGCUCCAGGGCGGGUGCUUGCGGGCGUGGCGGGAGUACGCGCGCUGGCAGAGCCUGCUGCGCAACGCGCUGCUGUCGCGGCUCACGUCGCUGAGGGUCCACCGGGAACGCGCCCGCCUGUGGACGGCCUGGCGCGGCUGGCGCGACGCCGUCAGCGUCGGACACUUCUUCGAGGCCAAGCUGACUCAGGUCGUCGUCGGACGCAUGCGCGGGCAGAUGCGGGCGUGGGCGGCGGCUGCGGCGGAGUCCGCUGCGCUGCGACGCCGCGGCGAGGCGCUGGAGGCCGCGGUGCGGUGGCGGCGGAUCGCGGGCGCGUUCGCGGCGUGGCGGGACGUGGCGCACCAGCGCGCAGAAGCGCGGCUCGUCGCGGAGGACAUGUGCCAGGCGCGGCGCGCGCGCGUGCUGCGCGAGUGCUUCGCGGCGUGGCAGCGCGCGUACGCCUUUGGCAUUGUGCAGCGGGGGCGCGCCGUGGGGCGUCUGGUCGCGAUCGGGGGCCGCCGGGAGACGGCGGCGAAGCGGCGCGCGUUCGACGUGUGGCGCGCGGCGGCGACGGUCCUCGGCGACGCGCGGGCGGAGCAGGCCGAGCGGUUGCGCGAGGCGUGGGACGCGCGGCGCAUGCGGGACGCGCUGCGGUCGUGGGCGGCGGCCGCGGAGGAGCUCGCGCGGCAGCGGACUGUGGACCGGCGGAUACGCGGGCUCGUCGCGGCGGCGCUCCCCGUUUGGCGGCACCUGGCGCGUCGUGGGAAGGAGAGGCGGGCGCACGAGGUCAACUUGGUCGCUCUGGCGCGGGCGUUCGAGGCCUGGCGCUCGCACAGCGAGCACGAGCGGCGCAUGCGCACGAUGUACACGCCGCCGGGGGCGGCCAAGGGUGCGUGGCGCGGCGAGGGACCCACCCCGGGGACCGUGGGCUACUCUGGUCAGGGCGCGCUGUCAGACCGGCCUGAGUCAGGCGCCCCGCGCGGCGCGGAGGGCGCCGGCGGGGUCGCUGGGUCCGUGCACUACGUUGCGGCGCGCAUGGGCAUGGAGUGGGCCGGCACCAGCGAAUUGGACUGA